ACCCAGUGAUACUGACAACUCGGUUACAUUACCCUAAAUGCGUAUUUUAGCGGUAUGUUGCGACUCGCUGCCGAACGUUAUAUCGCAGAAAGCAAAAUUCGCAGUUGACCAGUUCGGCACGGCUCGCGCUGUUUAUAGCAGGGAACUCCGAGAAGAUCAUUGUUAAAUACACUCGUUUUUGUGAACUUAAACUCAAGAAACUCAUACUCACAAAAUGGUCCUGCUUCCAUCCCCACAAAGUCGCUAUACGAGAGAUGUGUUCGACAAGUCAGAGAUGGAUCCUCGUCUCGGAAUUGUCCGUCGCAUUAACCUGCGCAGCGUCGUUCACAGCAAUAUUCCCCCGGUAGAAGAACAAUUUCGUCCUUCAAUUGUCCCUAUAAAGACUUUUGCAGAAAAAAUACAGGCGACAAAACCGGCAAAGAAGAAAGCCUUGAGCAGCCGGAAACGGAACCGUCUUUUAAACGAUCAAUUUAUAAAGAAUAAUGCGUUUGACGAGAUUACACUGGAGGAUGAACUUUGUUUUGCUUUUUUGCAAUUAAACUCGACUCAGUUUCAUCGACUCGAUUCCGAUGUGUAUUUACAUGAUUCACAGCAUUCAUUUCAACAAUUCACAAUGAACUCGAGCAAGCACAAGCCGCACGUGCAUCCUCCAGAGCCGUUCCUUCAUAAAAUUCGGUUAGAAAUUAAACGGUGUCAUUUGAUGGGGCUUGUUCGAAUCUUCGAUCGCUUCGUCUGCGAAAUUCUUCAGACACACUUCAGUGAAAGCUCCUCGGAGAAUAUUCAAAUCCACUCCGACAAUUUUGAAGUGCUUGCUUGUCCUCUGCAAAAGGUGGAUGCCAAAUUUUCUGGGAACAACGGUACAUGCUGCGCGGUCCGUCUCCAAUGUGUUUCAAAAAACGCUGAAGCAUUAGGCCGAUACUGGAUACGUAACGUAUUUUAUUAUUACGGUUACAAGGCUAUGUCGGUUGAUGCUCCUUCCCUCUCGAAACGCAUUCUGGUCGUUUUCGGCAAACCCUUCGCCAAACGGCCGACGCAAUCAUUUACAAGCUGCUUGCUGAAAGGCUCACACGAUGAAUUGAUGGACCAUCAUCACGGCCAUGUUCAUCCACACAAUCUGCUCGAGCCAGCAAGCGGUGAUAGACUCGAAAAAUAAGAAAAUCAAACAAAACGCAUCAUAAUCAACUAUCCUUGCCAUACAUUAUUUAUCACCUUUAUUAAACAGACGGGACAAGUGCCACUGUAAACUUAUAGACGAAAAAACAUUCAUUAAAUUAGUCAUUAAUGCGCAUCAACAACAGCGUGUACAUGAUUACAAAAAAAAAAAGGCGAUUACUUUCCAAAAAGGUCGGCACUCUCCUCAAGACGAGCCUUACUGACUUCGUCUUCUGGCGUACGGGAUCCACUCGAAGACUGGGACUGUUUGUCUGCACUGGCAUUUGAUGCAGCCUUCAAGUUGCUUGAGGACUUUCGUUCCAAACCAGCAGGAGAGGCAACACAUACAGCGUUUAAGUUGGCACCAAAAACGGAAGUUGCGUUGUCAGCACUAGAGCGGACGCCUAAUGGGUUCUUGGAGAAACUAAGACGAAUUCCACCCUUGACACUGUUGCUCAAACAAACGCCUUGAAGCUCGAAUAAGGCGGCAGUUGCGUACUUGACAUCCUCAAACUCGACAAAACACAUAGGACUAAUUCCUUUCGUGCGGAAGCAUAAUCUGCGAUAACCUCUCUGUCUAGAGAACAGUUCUCUCAGUUCGUCUUCCUUUGUGUUGGCGGCCAAGUUGCCAACGUAGAGCGUGUUGCAGGGCGGAUUCUGGUCAGCAGGAUUCGUGUUUACCAUGGGCAUUACGACAGGCUUCUUGGGUGAAGAAGAGUGACGGGAUGCAGGCUCGAAACUGGGCACGUUUGCAUUUUGUGCGGCAAUGCUCGAGUAAUCAGCAGAAUGCGUUCGAACGUGGGUAUUGCUGCGAAGCGAAGGAGAAGUUGAUGAUUGCUUAGAUGUCGCGACCUUGUCCUGCGUAUCGCUAGUAGCAGAUACGGAGGUGCGGGGAGGGCUGUAAGAUGUGGUCGUCGUCGUUUCUGAAGCGGAGGAAAGGUGCAUAGGGACAGGAAAUGCUGAGGUUGGUGACUGCAUCUUCGUCGCCAAAUUAGUAUGCUGUGCAGUGACAAACGGAGAUAAUUUCUGAACGGAGAACGUUUGGUUAAGCUUGAAGGAGUCCCAACUGGACUCAGAGUCGCUUGUUCUUUGAUUAUCAUCAGGAGAACCCAUAGGCAUCUUUCCCCAAACGCCUCUGUCGAUGGGCAGCAAAGAUGAUCCCGUCAAGCCUCCGGAGGAGGCAUAAGGAAACACAGAUGGGUUCUCAGACAAACUGACAGGAUUACGGACCUCGUUUGGAACAUUCUCAAAACGUUGAAGACCUGUUGCAGUGUUGAGGAGAUGUGGUGCUGCGAUUCCAUCUUUCUCUCUUGAUGGGAACUGUUUCGCAAAGCUUGGCCUUCGACUAGCAUCGCUUGGUUCAGGCGGUUGACCGGGGGCACCAACGUUGUCGCAGCGAACAGGCGUUGUGUCCGACUGGACAAUGGUGAACGAAUACACCGGUGACUUUAGUAGCUGCUGCUUAGCUGCUGCCGCUAAAGAAGGUGUGGUGAACGUUGCAAUAGCCACUGGUUCUCCGUGUUCUCGCACCAGUUGUGCCUUCUUGAAACCCGGACAGAACGUGAAAAUGCCGAAGAGUUCUCGUUCAUCAAAAUCCUUAGGGAAAUGAUGAAACAUUUGCAGAGAGCAAGAAAAGGCGUCGUCCUCUAAAUCUUCAUCCAAUCCUUGCGGCAGGUGAAAGUUGUUGCGGAACAGUCCGCCAUCAAUAGGCUUGCUGACCGGUGCAUUAGAUGUCACGGUAGAGGAAUCGAUGCCGCCCAUCAAUGGAGGUUUCGUCGAAGACUUUCUUCGAAGAAAGUUGAGAUUGGAUGGAUUUGAGAAGGCAUUUGACGCCGGGUUAUCCAAACCAAUAGACAAAGGCUCAUUGAGCUUGCUUUUCCAAAUAGCUUCCAAAGUUGAUGGCGAAGUUUUGAAUGAAGCACCGUUGUCAAAUGGUUGCUGAGGAAUCAUUUGGGAAAAUUGCAUAUUCAUAAUUGACUUGCUUGAAAUGACAAGAGAAAAUGUUGGGGCAAUUAAAAGAUCUUACCCGAAAGAAAGGGUACAAUAGGGAAACUGUCAGUAGAGACGAAGAAGAAGAACAAAUCAAAUUGUGCCGGAAAAGAUAUGAAUCACUAAACGAGUGAUGAACUUCUCUAAACAGAAUGAUUUGUAAUAACUGGUGAAUGAAACGUUUUAACAGAGAACACUUAAAGAUUCAAAAACUGAAGCUUUUAGUUGUGUUCUGGUAAGAUGUUUUCGUUGAGUUUGAAGACAAAAGGUAAAUAACUUUAUAGAUCACUUGGUAAACAAAUAAACAAUACCAAAGUUGUCGAGGAAAAUAGUUUUCUGAAAAGGCACAGGCUUCCUUAAGUGGAACUUUAAGGGCAGAGAAGAAUGAUUCAGGCGAAAGAAGGACAAAUGUUGUGUUUUUUUCUGAACACAAAUUUCGAAAUAAAAAAACACCGGUCCUGGUUAUAUACAGAAGAGCACGGUAUGCAAUAGCGCUCUUUUUUAUGUUUUUGAAGAAGGAACGGGAGUUACAAUUCUCAAUUAGAGAAUAAUUCACAGCAAAGGCGAGGAUAAAAGAGAUUCAAUUUCUCCACACAAGGAUAGACCGCGGCUUUGUAUAAAGGUCCCGACUUAAUGGAAAGACCUAUGACUGUAAAGAUUGCUUUGAGAGAGGUCCAG